AUGGACUCUGUUCCCGUUGAGACCAACAUACCGACUCUGCAGUCAAGAGUCACCAAAUUCGUGUCUGGCCUACCAAACCCUGAAACAGCAAACUUACGAGACGAACAAAAGAGUUGCCACAUCUGCAUGGAACCCUUCACCGGUGAACUCCUACAAGAGCUGCCAGUACUACUCCCAUGCGGUCACAUUUUUGGGAAAGACUGCAUGAUAAAGUGGCUGUCGUCGGACGGAGACAGAUCUCCAAGGAACUGUCCCAUGUGUCGCGCUAAGCUCUUCCCUCAGUCGCCGUUGUCAAAUUCGGAAUACUGGUCGGGCCAGUCUGGGGAUGAUAUGAGGAUGAGGCGUCCCAUCAGUAGGAUGGCGGACUGGGGGAAUAUGUAUCUACCUGGUGAGAUAGGGGAAGCAAACCAUUUGAUGAGACCGCUUGGUGUGACGGUGGACGAAGAAGAUUCGGGGCUUGCGAUGAGACCUUCGUUUGGAUUGGCGGCCUAUGGAAAUACGAGGCCACCGUUUGGUGAGAGGAUGGCGGAAAUGACAACUGAGAGGCCUCCGGUUGGUUGA